GAGAGGCGGGUCGGGCCUGCGUCGGCGCGCGGAGCGGUGCAGUCCGGGCCGGGCUGCGUCCGGAGGGAGGCGGCCGUCGGGGUUCGAGCGCCGCCGCGCCUGCACUCGGUUGGUUGGGGGCCGCCCGGCCGGCGUCGCCGCCGCCGCCCUCGGCCGCCGCGCGCGCCGUCCCUGCCCCCGGGACGCGCCGCCGAGCUGCCUCCGCCAUGGCCGCCACGUCGUCCAACCUGCAGAAAGCGAUUGAUCUCGCCAGCAAAGCGGCCCAGGAAGACAAGGCCGGGAACUACGAGGAGGCCCUGCAGCUGUACCAGCACGCCGUGCAGUAUUUCCUCCACGUGGUCAAGUAUGAAACACAGGGAGAUAAAGCCAAACAAAGUAUCAGGGUAAAGUGCACAGAAUAUCUUGAUAGAGCGGAAAAACUAAAGGAGUACCUGAAAAAGAAAGAGAAGAAACCCCAGAAGCCAGUGAAAGAGGGACAGCCAAGCCCAGCUGAGGAGAAGGGGAAUGACAGUGAUGGAGAAGGAGAAUCUGAUGAUCCUGAAAAAAAGAAACUACAGAAUCAACUUCAAGGUGCCAUUGUUAUAGAGCGGCCAAAUGUGAAAUGGAGCGAUGUCGCUGGUCUCGAAGGAGCCAAAGAAGCACUGAAAGAAGCUGUGAUAUUGCCCAUUAAAUUCCCUCAUCUUUUUACAGGCAAGAGAACCCCUUGGAGGGGGAUCCUGUUGUUCGGGCCGCCUGGGACGGGAAAGUCUUACUUAGCCAAAGCUGUAGCCACAGAAGCCAACAACUCAACGUUCUUUUCAAUAUCUUCUUCUGACCUGGUUUCUAAGUGGCUCGGUGAAAGUGAAAAGUUAGUCAAGAACUUAUUCCAACUUGCCAGGGAGAACAAACCUUCCAUUAUCUUCAUUGAUGAAAUUGAUUCUCUUUGUGGUUCAAGAAGCGAAAAUGAGAGCGAAGCAGCGCGUAGGAUUAAGACCGAAUUCUUGGUUCAAAUGCAAGGGGUUGGUGUGGACAAUGAUGGAAUUUUGGUUCUUGGAGCUACAAAUAUACCCUGGGUUCUGGACUCUGCCAUUAGGCGAAGAUUUGAGAAGCGAAUAUAUAUUCCUUUGCCUGAGCCCCACGCCCGAGCGGCAAUGUUUAAACUGCACUUGGGGGCCACUCAGAACAGUCUCACAGAAGCGGACUUCCGAGAACUCGGAAAGAAAACGGAUGGUUAUUCCGGGGCAGACAUCAGCAUCAUCGUGCGCGACGCACUGAUGCAGCCUGUUCGCAAGGUGCAGUCGGCCACCCACUUUAAGAAGGUUUCUGGACCUUCUCGAGCUGACCCUAACAAUAUAGUUGAUGAUCUGCUGACGCCUUGUUCUCCUGGCGACCCUGGGGCCAUAGAAAUGACCUGGAUGGAUGUUCCUGGGGACAAACUCUUGGAGCCUGUUGUUAGCAUGUCCGAUAUGUUGCGGUCCCUCUCGAGCACGAAGCCCACCGUCAAUGAGCAGGACUUGUUGAAACUGAAGAAGUUUACGGAAGAUUUCGGCCAGGAAGGCUAGAGCAGAGGCUGCAAGGAAGACCCUUACCAUAUAUGUUCUUUCUGUUGUAGGUAUUUUUGCCUUUCUUGGCUGACAUUCAGAUUACUCGCAGUAAAACUCGCCGUCCGUCCACAGGGGAAUAUAGCUCUGACUUCAGCGGUUCCUUUCAGUUUAAUCUGUGCUUUUGUUCCAUUACCUAUUUGGUGGCACCUGUUGUUAUACCCGAUUCUAGAGGAGGGGGCUUAUGAGGAAAUGAAUGCUUUAUCAAUGGCAAGAAGAGAAAUUACCCAGUUAAAAAGACCAUUAAAGUUGACUUGCGAUGCAAAUAUUUAAAAUUGUUAUAAAUGGUGAUCUUUGCAAGCAGUUUCUUUUUUAAGCUAGAAUAAUAAGGCUGUAUUUCAUAUUUUUACAAAUAGUCUUAGGCAUCGUUCUUCUCAAUGUAAAAUUUUGUUCACUUCUUACGAAAACGUAAAUGCUAGCAUCUUUAUUCUCAGGGAUGGGCAAUAAACAGAAAAGAGCACUGUGAUUGGGUUAAAGAUAACUGAUGUGUGUUUCAGUUCAGGCUCUGAAUAAAUCCUUAGGACAAAUUGAUGUUUAUCUCUGUAGAUUUAAAUAAUUUGUUUAAAAGCAGCAGGCUUUUAUAUUUAACUAAAUACCUUUCACUGUGCAAUCUCAAGAGAAAGACUUUCUAAAUUAGGCAUUGUCUUUAUCUUGAAGAAAUUUGUCUAUUUCAGUGUCUUUUACUAGCAAGAUUGACCAAAACCGGUGGAUAAUAUGUACUUUUUAAACAACUUUGUUAUGAAAUACUGUAAUGGAAAAACCUUUGCUAAAAAGAUUGACCUCUUUGAAUUGUGGGAAAUUCAUUGUGUGAUGUUGCAGUAUGUGUGUGUAUGUGUAUAUAUCUAUAUAUACAUAAAAUUUUUUUAAAUAUAUAGAAUAGCAAGGGUCUUGUCUUCUAUCUUUUAAGUUCAGGGAAUGUUUUUUUCCUGGCCCACACAUACAGUAUCAUUGUGAUGCUUCUUGAAGCUUUGGAGUUGAGCUGAUGUCUCCUUAAAUAAUAAAAUACAAACUUGAUAUUAUAUUAUUUUAAUAUCUUCAAAUAAGUAAUCUGAGGGUGUGUAUUACACACUUUAGCAUCAGCACUAAGUUGUGCCUUGUAUAUUUGCAUUGACUAAACUUGCAGAACAUUAAUUUAGCUAGAAUAAGGUAGAUUCCUAAAUUCUACCUUACAAAUGCUAUAGAAUUCACUUGCAUUUUUAAAUAUAUUUGCACAUUUACAUGUUAUGCAACUUGGUUGCCUUUGGAUCUUCUGUACAGAUUUUUUUGUUGAUAUUAAAUGGAAAUCAUAGGCGUGAAAAAUACUGUUCUUAUGUGAAGUAAAUUUAUAUAAUCUUCAAUUGGCUAAUCUUCUGUGUAUGCUUCCUUUUUUUUGGAGAUCUGUAUAAUAUAAAGUAACUGUCUUAAGUGAUUACACAGAAAUUAUUAAAAGUCAUUAAGAUACAAAAAUCUAAUUUCCAGCAGUUUUGAAGUGAGAACUAGGAAUUGGUUUGGUAGACUAACUCUAAAUUCUUUGUGGUUGUCUUGUAGGUAGUUUAUAUCCUGUGCUUGCAGCAGAAUUAUGCAGGCAAUCUUGCUAUUAGUUGCAUCGUUUGGAAAAUCAGUAGUUAUAUUUACAGUAUUCUACUUACAUUGAUGAAGCACCUGACCGAAUAGUAUGGAAGUAUUGACUUAGAGG